GUUCAUGGAGAGAAAAAACAAUCGCUUCCGUGUUGUUAUCGGUUGUUAUCGGUUGUUAUUCUGGCAAAUACUAGCUUAGUACUUGAGUCAAAGCGGGAUUGCUAGGCAGUUAUUUGGUGGUUAAACCAUUAUGGUCUUGUAGGAUCAAUACAUAGUAUAGUUUUAUUCGCCAGAAUGUCGUUGCUACAGGGCUCCAAGAAAAAGGACAAGCGUAUUUUGUCCGGUACCUGCCCAGACCCGAAAUGCCAGGCGAGGCUAUUCUUCCCUGCUUACGGUUCGAUUAGCAUUGAAUGCACAGAGUGUGGCCAACGCCACGAACAGAAUAAUCUUUUAAAUGUGGAAGAAGUAACUGAUCCAGACGUUGUGCUUCACAAUUUGUUAAGAAAUGCCUUACUGGGUGUCACUGGUGCACCGAAAAAGGGAACAGAGCUGGUGAAAGUGAUGGGGCUUUCCAACUACCAUUGCAAACUCCUUUCUCCUAUUCUCACAAGGUAUGGAAUGGAUAAGCAGACGGGAAAAGCGAAACUGCUGCGGGAAAUGAAUCAAGGAGAAAUGUUCGACUGUUCACUUCUAGGAGACAGGGCGUUUCUAAUUGAACAGGAGCAUGUAUCUACGGUUGGCUAUGGCAAGGACAGAUCCGGGAGCCUGAUAUACCUUCACGACACUUUGGAGGAGAUGAAGAAAGCAAACGGCAACAAAGAAUGCCUCAUUCCUGUUCAUGUGGAUGGAGAUGGACAUUGUCUUGUUCAUGCUGUGUCCAGGGCCCUGGUAGGCAGAGAACUGUUCUGGCAUGCCUUGAGAGAGAAUUUGAAACAACAUUUCAAACAAAACUUGGAUCGCUACAAGGCACUCUUUCAGGAUUUUAUUGAUGCAGCCGAAUGGGAGGACAUCAUCAACGAAUGUGACCCCCUGUUUAUCCCACCGGAGGGUGUGCCACUGGGACUUCGGAACAUUCACAUAUUCGGCUUGGCCAAUGUGCUGCACCGCCCCAUAAUCUUGUUAGAUUCACUGAGUGGAAUGAGGAGCUCUGGGGAUUACUCUGCAAGUUUUCUCCCUGGGCUUGUGCCGGAAGAGCAGUGCAAAGGAAAAGACGGGAAGUUUAACAAGCCUAUAUGCAUCGCCUGGAGUAGCUCAGGGCGUAACCACUACAUCCCCCUCGUCGGGAUAAAGAACACUCUUCUCCCCAAGCUGCCACCGAGGCUUCUCCCCAAGGCAUGGGGAGUGCCACAGGAGCUCAUCAAGAAGUAUAUAAAGCUGGAACAAGAUGGGAGCUGUGUCAUCGGGGGAGACAGGAGCUUACAAGACAAGUAUGUGAUGAGACUGGUCAAUGCCAUGGAGGAGAUCUUCAUGGAGAAGCAUGGAAUCCACCCCUCCCUGGUGGCAGACGUGCAUCAGUACGUUUACAGACGGACCGGUGUGAUCGGCGUCCAACCCGAAGAGGUGACGGAGGCUGCCAGGAAAUCAGUCAUGGAAAACCGGCUACAUCGCUGUCUGAUCUGCAAUGCACUCUCUGAGCUCCAUGUUCUACCUGAGUGGCUGGCUCCAGGUGGUAAGCUUUACAACCUGGCUAAAUCCACCCACGGGAAGCUCAGACCUGACAAGAACUACAGCUUCCCGCUGAACAAGGUUGUCUGCUGUUACGACCCUGAGAGGGACAUCCUCAUUCCUGACUACAAGCUGAGCUCUUUGAACACAUGCAACUGGUGCCACGGCACCUCCGUGCGCCACAUCCAUGGCAACGGCUCUGUGGUGUAUCUGGAUGGAGACAGAACCAACACCCGUUCCCAGGGGGGCAAAUGUGGCUGCGGCUUUAAGCACUACUGGGAGGGAAAGGAAUACGACAAUCUGCCAGAGGCUUUCCCCAUCACUCUGGAGUGGGGUGGGCGGGUCGUGCGGGAGACUGUGUACUGGUUCCAGUAUGAGGUUCAUGUGGACCUGAACAGCAACGUGUAUGAUGUCGCCAUGAAACUGGUCACCAAGCAUUUCCCUGGGGAGUUUGGCAGUGAGCUCCUAGUGCAGAAAGUGGUGAACACCAUUUUACAUCACACUGCCAAGAAGAACCCAGACGAGUAUAACCCAGUCUCCAUUGACGGGGCGCAUGCUCAGAGACUCACAGACGUGGUGGAAACUCAGCAGGCUGUUGACACACAGCCACCGACUAAGAUCAUACUAACUGGGCAGAAAUCAAAGACCAUUCACAAAGAGGAGCUUACAGUGAGUAAGGCAGAGCGGAGCCUUCAGCAGAGCAUCAGCGAGCAGGCCCUAGUGACCCAGAAGAGGAGGACGGAUCGACUGAAGCAGGAGCAGAAGGGACAGGGCAGGCCACCCUCCCCAAGUGCUGCUCAGGAACAUUCCUCCUCCUCCCCAGCCACACCCACCAAAUCCUCCUCCUCCCCCACUUCCAGCAAGGAGAAGAAGAUCCGUGUCACCACUAGCGAUGGGCGGCAGGCCAUGCUCACUCUACAAGCUCAGACCACCUUCUCUGAGCUCCAGAGGAGCAUUGCUAAUGAGUUCACCAUGCCUCCAGCUCAGCAAUGUAUCCGACAUGGAUUCCCACCCAAAGAACUUUUCCCUCCCAAGGAUGGAGCAGAGAAUGAACCGGUGGCUCUCCAACACGGCGACAGGGUGACUGUGGAGAUCCUGAGAGGUCCAGAGGACCGCAAGGCAUCCGCCCCAAGUGCUUCCAGUUCCUAUUCAACCCUGCAUUCCCUCCUCUCUGUGAAGAGUGAUGAUCCAGUGACUUCCAGCAGAAUGAAUACUAGCAGAGAGCUGCAGGACAACAUUGACCUUGAGAUGUCCUCCCUCUGUCUCCUAGCAACCUUAAUGGGAGAAGAUGUCUGGUCAUAUGCCAAAAAACUGCCUCACUUAUUCCACCAAGGUGGAGUUUUCUACAACAUUGUGAAGAAAGAUAUGGGCCUGAUGGAUGGCAAGCACUGCACCCUCCCACACCUGACUGGAAAGACGUUUGUUUACAACGCAGCAGAGGAGCGUCUGGAGCUGUGUGUGGAUGCAGCGGGACACUUUCCCGUGGGCCCUGACGUGGAGGACCUCGUCAAGGAGGCCCUGGUGCAGCUCCGCUCUGAAGCUGCCUCCAGGAGUCGCGAGGGAAGCCCCUCUCACAGCCUGCUGAGGCUCGGGAGUGGAGGUGUGGUGCGCAAGAAGGAGCAGCUCCAAAGUGUCAACGCCUUCCAGGGUAAGGGCCACUCCCUGGGCAGCGCCCCAGGCGGCUCUCCCCCUGAACACAAGCCCAUCACCAGGCAGCACAGCAGCGGGGUGGACCUGAGCGCCAGCGCCUCCAAGGGACCUGACCUGUCUGACAUCUCAGAGGAGGCGACCAAGGAGUUGGUGCGCAUGGCUCCCGGUUUUGUCACCAUGAAAGACAGCCGACACCUGGACCCUAGUAUGAUCGAAGAACAGAGGAAAAAACUACAGGAGAUGGUCUCAUCCAUCCAGGCCUCCAUGGACAGGCACCUGAGGGAGCAGAGCAAUGCAGGGGCAGGCAUUGGGGGCCCUGCAGAGAGGACAAGUGGGGCUAAGAUGAGUGCUUCCCAAUCUGCCCCAGGGGCAGCCGUAAAGGAGGCCUCUUCUAUGGACGUAUCUACUGCUGGUGCUCAUGGCACAUCAGUGGAGGCAGGGAACAAGCCUGAUGGAAAGGAUGCAGGGUCAGAGGAGCUGGAGGAAAUGGAUAGCCAGGAUGCAGAGCAUACCAACGCCCUGGAGCCAAUGGAUCAUUCCUGAUGGGAAAAGGGCCUGGUCCUAUACAUUUCUCAGUCAUGAUCAUUCACCCCUCUAUCUGGUUGGCAUUAGUGUGGGAAUGCUUCAGGUUGUAUCUAAGCUUUGGUAUUCAUUGUGUUUUGUUGUCUUUUACUGCAUGAUUGACAAAGAGGUUGACUGUUUCUGCCUCUGGUGACAGUCUAAUGCUAUUAUACAGAAACAUGCACCGAGACCCAAGGAGCAACGCUGCUUCCUGUGUGUGAAAUACAUCCAUGUACAUGUCCUCCAAGUCUUAAAGGUCCAAUGCAGCUGUUUUUAUCUGAAUAUCAAAUCAUUUCUAGUUAACGAUUUCUAGUUAACAAUACCUUACUAACCAUGUUUCCAUUCACAGUUUUUAUGUGAGUAAAGUCAUACUGCAUAAAAAAAAUAAUAAUAAUCACAAUCGUUGUGGUGGAAAUAGGAGGUUUCCGGUACAAUUUUGUAAAUGCCACAGAUAAUUUGUUCUUUCGACAUGGUGGGAUCUUUUUGUGUCGGUAAAAUUAAUUAUGCCAGAAAUGGCGGUGGAAACGCCUUUAUUCGUAAAUUAUUGAUAUAAUAACCGUCAUAUCAAAGUAAAUUUGGAGUCAUGCGAUGACAUGGUGUGUGGUCCUCGACUCCUCCCGCUACAACUCGGGAAAUGAUGCAGUUUAUCAGGCUACGGAUGAAAUAAGUUACGAUGAACUUCACAGGGUGGUGAAAGUGCACAGUGAUGAGCUUGAUCUUCCUUUCCAAUAAAUGUAGAGGGUCUUAUUCUGGUGACAUGAUGAUCGAUGCUUGACUGCCGUUUGACAAAUAAAAAGAUUCUCUCUCUUAUUCAUAACAAGCACAUCAUGUAGACUAACCGACACGCAGAGACUACCUGCACUGCAUCUGAGAGCUGUUAGCGCGCUCGCACAUACCAAGACCAGAGUAGGCACGUUUGCUAUUUAAAGCAACAGUUAGUUUUGUCACAAUCUGUAGAGUUGAAAAUGCGAUGGAAACACAUUGAACGUUUUGAUUUUUAUUCGGUACAUGAAAACAUAAGCAACAAAGUACAUGUUGUGUGCACUACAUCACUCACUGACCUUUAUCCGCAACAAGUCAUGCAAACCUAGCUACUGUGAUUGUUUUCAAUUAAAAUGGUCAACAAAAAACAAAAAUCGCUUCUUAGGAAUUUCUCAAGCAAUAUUUUUGUAAGGACUGUUGGAAGGGGAAAACGGAAAACUAUCUGUUAUUGGCAGAGAGAUAUGAAACUCUUUCUUAUUAGUCUAUUAACUAAUUUACCACCUGGUGAUUUUACCAGGCAGGCCAAAACACCAUCCCACCAAAUCACUCUGAAAUUUUAGGUGGUCUUUUCAAACAGCUCAUACACUAAAGGGGCAUUAUCAUUUUCACAAUUUCACAAGAUUAUUCCAACCUCAUAGUGUGGGAUUGUAUAUAAAGCAGAGGAAAAUGUUGGACUGCACUGGGCCAUUAAGACAAGAGGGUGUUGAAGAGCUUGAGUUAAGAUCCUAUCCCACACCAGCAUUGUAAUGACCGCAAACAUCCGCUUCAGCAAAGUGCACACUGUAAAGGCACUAGCCCUCAAACAUGAUAACCUACCAUCACAUUUAUUGCUUUACCAACAUACUUGCUUUACCAACACAUUGCUUUAAAACAACAGUGAAAUAUUCCAAAUUAAGUUUCUUUUCUUGAACGUUGCUCCCUAUAUGAAGGUUUUCUGUCUUAAUUCUUGAAGGAAGGAGUUGCGUGCCCUUAUGAUAAGUAACAAAAAUCAACAUUUGUUGUUGAAAAACCUUGUGAAAAAGCUUUUUUAGUUUGGAUUUGUUUUUGGAAAAUUGUAUAAGAAUUUAAAGAUUGUUUAAAAUGUAAUUUAGAUUAAUGCCAUUUCAAGUGAAGCACUGUUCUGAAAAUAACUCAGUUUAUUGGUGGAAAUUGGUGAAUUAAUUUUUGCUGGUUUGUAGAGAUCGCGGAUAAUGCCUGUUGAUUCUUUUGGGUUCAAGGUUCAUGCUACUUACUGGUUUGAAGUUAUUUAUGCUACUUUUCAUAUUUCUCAUGAAACCCAAAUGAGUGGCCCAAGUUAAGUGUGCUGUACAAGUGCUGAACUACUUGAUGUGGAACUGUAUUCUAUUGGAAGGCCCAGCAUAACGUAGUACACACACCUGGGAGUACUGUAUAUUCCACUAUUCAUAUGCAAUUUCCUCAAUCACUUUUUGGACUUUAGUGAAUGAUUGAAUGCAGUGCAGGAUAUUUUUUCGAAAUACAUCUCUAAAGUAAGACUUGAUUUGUGAAUUUCUUUACCAUAACAGUGCCUUCGGAAAGUAUUCAGACCCCCCUUGACUUUUUCCACAUUUUGUUAAGUUACAACCUUAUUUUACAAUUGAUUCAUUUUUUUCUCUCCUCAAUCUACACACAAUACCUAUAAUGACAAAGAAAAAACUGGCUUUUAAAAAUUUUAUGAAGAUAAAAAAAACAGAAAUAUCACAUUUACAUAAGUAUUCAGACCUUUUACUCAGUACUUUGUUGAAUCACCUUUGGUAGCGAUUACAGCCUCGAGUCUUCAUGAGUAUGACGCUACAAGCUUGCCACAUCUGUAUUUGGGGAGUUUCUCCCAUUCUUCUCUGCAGAUCCUCUCAAGCUCUAUCAGGUUUGAUGGGGAGCGUUGCUGCACAGCUAUUUUCAGGUCUCUCCAGAGAUGUUCGAUCGGGUUCAAGUCCGGGCUCUGGCUGAGCCACUCAAGGACUUUCAGAGACUUGUCCUGAAGCCUCUCCUGUAUUGUCUUCACUGUGUGUUAGGGUUGUUGUCUUGUUGGAAGGUGAACCUACGCCCCAGUCUGAGGUCCUGAGCGCUCUGGAGCAGGUUUUCAUCAAGGAUCUCUCUCUACUUUGCUCCGGUCAUCUUUGCCUCGAUCUUGACUAGUCUCCCAGUCCCUGCCACUGAAAAACAUCCACACAGCAAGAUGCUGCCACCACCAUGCUUCACCGUAGGGAUGGUGCCACGUUUCCUCCAGCCGUGAUGCUUUGCAUUCAGGUCAAAGAGUUCAAUCUUGGUUUCACCAGACCAGAGAAUCUUGUUUCUCAUGGUCUGAGAGUCUUGCGGUGCCUUUUGCCAAACUCCAAGUGGGCUGUCGUGCCUUUUACUGAAGAGUGGCUUCUGUCUAGCCACUACCAUAAAGGCCUAGUUGGUGCAGUGCUGCAGAGAUGGUUGUCCUUCUGGAAGGUUCUCCCAUCUCCACAGAGGAACUCUAAACCAUCGGGUUCUUGGUCACCUGUCUGACGAAGGCUGUUCUUCCAUGGUUGUUCAGUUUGGCUGGGCGGCGAGGUCUAGAAAGAGUCUUGGUGUUUCCAAAACUCUUCCAUUUAAGAAUGAUGGAGGCCACUGUGUUCUUGGGGACUGUAAAUGCUGCAGACAUUUUUUGGUACCCUUCCCCAGAUCUGUUCCUUGACAAUUCUGCCUCGGAGCUCUAUGGACAAUUCCUUCAACCUCAUGGCUUUGUUUUCACUCUGAUAUGCACAGUCAACUGUGGGACCUUAUAUAGACAGGGGUGUGCCUUUUCAAAUCAUGUACAAUUAAUUGAAUUUACCACAGGUGGACUCCAAUCAAGUUGUAGAAACAAGGGGCCUCCCGGGUGGUGCAGUGGUCUAAGGCAGUGCUAGCUGUGCCACCAGAGACCCUGGGUUCGAGCCCAGGCUCUGUCACCCAUGGGGCGGCACACAAUUGGCCCAGCGUCGUCCGGGUUAGGGAUGGUUUGGCUGGCAGGGAUAUCCUUGUCUUAUCGCGCACUAGGAACUCCUGUGGCGGGCCGGGCACGCUGACCAGGUCGCCAGGUGUACAGUGUUUCCUCCGACACAUUGGUGCGGCUGGCUUCCGGGUUGGAUAGGCAUUGUGUCAAGAAACAGUUGUGGCUUGGUUGUGUUGUGUUUCGGAGGACGCAUGGCUUUUGACCUUCGCCUCUCCCGAGUCCGUACGGGAGUUACAGUGAUGAGACAAGACUGUAACUAAUACCAAUUGGAUACCACAACAUUGGGGGGUAAAAAAUUAGAGGAUGAUCAAUGGAAACAGGAUGCACCUGAAUACCGGUCGAACAUACUUGAGUUUUUUUUUUAAUAUAAAUGUGCAAAAAAAUGACAAAAGUUUUCGCUUUGGAGUAUUGUGAAGAAAUGUAUUUAAACUCAAUUCAAAUAACUUCACAGAUCUUCAUUGUAAAUGUUUAAACCAUUGUAAAUGGUUUAAACACGGUUUCCCAUGCUUGUUCAAUGCUCAAUGUUCAAUGCUUGUUCAAUGACCCAUAAACAAUUAACAAUUAAUGAACAUGCACCUGUGUAAUGGUCGUUAAGACACUAACAGCUUAAGCAGUUAAGGUCACAGUUAUGAAAACUUAGGACAGGAAAAAGGACCAGGGUCCCUGCUCAUCUGCGUGAACAUGCCUUAGGCAUGCUGCAAGGAGGCAUGAAGACUGCAGAUGUGGCCAGGACAAUGAAUUGCAAUGUCUGUACUGUAAGACGCCUAAGACAGUGUUAGAGACAGGACAGACAGCUGAUUGUCCCUCCAUCAGUGCUCAGACUGUCUGCAAUAGGCUGAGAGAGGCUGGACUGAGGGCUUGUAGGCCUGUUGUAAGGCAGGUGCUCACCAGACAUCACCGGCAACAACGUCGCCUAUGGGCACAAACCCACCGUCGCUGGACCAGACAGGACUGGCAAAAAGUGAUCUUCACUGACAUGUCACGGUUUUGUCUCACCAGGGGUGAUGGUCGGAUUCACGUUUAUUGUCGAAGCAUUACACCGAGGCCUGUACUCUGGAGCGGGAUCGAUUUGGAGGUGGAGGGUCCGUCAUGGUCUGGGGCGGUGUGUCACAGCCUCAUCGGACUGCGCUUGUUGUCAUUGCAGGCAAUCUCAACGCUGUGCGUUACAGGUGUGGUACCCUUCCUGCAGGCUCAUCCUGACAUGACCCUCCAGCAUGACAAUUCCACCAGCCAUACUGCUCGUUCUGUGCGUGAUUGUCAGUGUUAUGCCAUGGCCAGCGAGGAGCCCGGAUCUCAAUCCCAUUGAGCACGUCUGGGACCUGUUGAAUCGGAGGGUGAGGGCUAGGGCCAUUCCCCCCAGAAAUGUCCGGGAACUUGCAGGUGCCUUGGUGGAAGAGUGGGGUAACAUCUCACAGCAAGAUCUGGCAAAUCUGGUGCAGUCCUUGAGGAGGAGAUGCACUGCAGUACUUAAUGCAGCUGGUGACCACACCAGAUGCUGACUGUUACUUUUUAUUUUGCCCCCCUUUGUUCAGGGACACAUUAUUCAAUUAGUCACAUGUCUGUGGAACUAUUUCAGUUUGUGUCUCAGUUGUUGAAUCUUAUGUUCAUACAAAUAUUUACACAUGUUAAGUUUGCUGAAAAUAAACACAGUUGACAGUGAGAGGAUGUUUCUUUUUUUGCUGAGUUUAUUUAAUACAUUUUUGAAUGAGGCUGUAAUGUAACAAAAUGUGAAAAAAGUCAAGGGGUCUGAAUACUUUCAGAAGGCACUGUACAGUCGUGGCUAAAAGUUUGAGAAUGACACAAAUAUUAAUUUUCACAGUCUUCUGCCUCAGUGUCUCGAUAUUUUUGUCAGAUGUUACUAUGGAAUAUUGAAGUAUAAUUGCAAGUGUCAAAGGCUUUUAUUGACAAUUACAUGAAGUUGAUGCAAAGCGUCUAUUUGUAGUGUUGACCCUUCUUUUUCAAGACCUCUGCAAUCCGCCCUGGCAUGCUGUCAAUUAACUUCUGGGCCACAUCCUGACUGAUGGCAGCCCAUUCUUGCAUAAUCAAUGCUUGGAGUUUGUCAGAAUUGGUGGCUUUUUGUUUGUCCACCCACCUCUUGAGGAUUGACCACAAGUUCUCAAUGGGAUUAAGGCCUGGGGAGUUUCCUGGCCAUGGACCCAAAAUAUCUAUGUUUUGUUCCCCGAGCCCCUUAGUUAUCACUUUUGCCUUAUGGCAAGGUGCUCCAUCAUGCUGGAAAAGGCAUUGUUUGUCACCCAACUGUUCCUGAAUGGUUGGGAGUAGUUGCUCUUGGAGGAUGUGUUGGUAUCAUUCUUUAUUCAUGGCUGUGUUCUUAGGCAAAAUUGUGAGUGAGCCCACUCCCUUGGCUGAGAAGCAACCCCACACAUGAAUAGUCUCAGGAUGCUUUACUGUUGUCAUGACACAGGACUGAUGGUAGCGCUCACCUUGUCUUCUCCGGAUAAGCUUUUUUCCGGAUGCCCCAAACAAUCGGAAAGGGGAUUCAUCAGAGAAAAUGACUUUACCCCAGUCCUCAGCAGUCCAAUCCCUGUACCUUUUGCAGAAUAUCAGUCUGUCCCUGAUGUUUUUCCUGGAGAGAAGUGGCUUCUUUGCUGCCCUUCUUGACACCAGGCCAUCCUCCAAAAAGUCUUCGCCUCACUGUGCGUGCAGAUGCACUCACACCUGCCUGCUGCCAUUCCUGAGCAAACUGUACAGGUGGUGCCCCGAUCCCACAGCUGAAUCAACUUUAGGAGACGGUCCUGUCGCUUGCUGGACUUUCUUGGGCACCCUGAAGCCUUCUUCACAACAAUUGAACCACUCUCCUUGAAGUUCUUGAUGAUCCGAUAAAUGGUUGAAUUGGUGCAAUCUUACUGGCAGCAAUAUCCUUGCCUGUGAAGCCCUUUUUGUGUAAAGCAAUGAUGAUGGCACGUGUUUCCUUGCAGGUAACCGUGGUUGACAGAGGAAGAACAAUGAUUCCAAGCACCACCCUCCUUUUGAAGCUUCCAGUCUGUUAUUCAAACUCAAUCAGUAUGACAGAGGGAUCUCCAGCCUUGUCCUCGUCAACACUCACACCUGUGUUAACGAGAGAAUCACCGACAUGAUGUCAGCUGGUCCUUUUGUGGCAGGGCUGAAAUGCAGUGGACAUUUUUUUUGAGGAUUCAGUUAAUUUGCAUGGCAAAGAGGGACUUUGCAAUUAAUUGCAAUUCGUCUGAUCACUCUUCAUAACAUUCUGGAGUAUAUGCAAAUUGCCAUCAUACACCUGAGGCAGCAGACUUUGAAAAUUAAUAUUUGUGUCAUUCUCAAAACUUUUGGCCACGACUGUGUGUGUGUGUCUAUAUAUAUAUAAUAUAUAUAUAUAUAUAUAUGUGUGUGUGUGUGUGUGUGUGUGUGUGUGUGUGUGUGUGUGUGUGUGUGUGUGUGUGUGUGUGUGUGUGUGUGUGUGUGUGUGUGUGUGUGUGUGUGUGUACAUAGUUCAUGUUGAUAGAUGAUAAGGAAAGAUGCAUCAAUUCAAGAAUAGCUGAUCAUUAUUUUUCCAUGAACCGCCUGCAGUUUUAGUUGUUUUGAGAACAUGCAAUGCUAGCAUUUUAUUAUUCAAUUGAAAUAAUACAUUUAUGUUUGCACUUGGAAUUCAAGAGAUGGAAUUAAGGCAUGUUGUUGUGCAGGGGUGUGUUGAGCCCUAUAUGCUACCUUAAUUGCUCUUGGGAACAACUAAUGAGAACAUUAGAAUAAACUUGAGAUGACCCAAGCAUAGAAAUAGAAUGAUUCAUUUUAAUUAUUUGGAACCAACAAUUAGCUUGUAUUACUAAGAAUGUUAUGCCUAGUUGCUUUACUGCUAUUCAGCUCUAGAAUUUCAACACAACAUCCAGAAUUUGAAUCACUCAAAAAAGAACUGGGCCAAUGGGAUAUAUUAAAGUGCUGUUAACAUGUAGGGCUAGUUGGUGAGUGUGACAUGAGAUGUCUUGAUCUUUUGGUGCAGAACGUGAUGUAUCCCUUGAAAGAGGUGUCAUGGAGAAGGUACAUUUGGUAUCUCAUAAACACAAAACUACAUCUCACUGUGGUGUUGGAAGUAUAUUUCCAAUUGGUUGUUCAUCCAAUGCAGUUGAAUGUAAACUUAUAGGCAAACUGUGUAGUUGAUACACAGAUCAGUUUUUGUGACAUUAAAUUCCUCUCCAGACAUUAUAAAACGUAACUCCUGGUUUGUUUGUCGGAAUUUCAACCUAAAAGUGGGUUGCGGUGUUGAUAGGCCCCGGCAUCAGAAGGCAGAGGUCUCACGAAUUGAGUUUACACUUUUGUUGCCAACCAAGAUUUUGGAGUAUUCCAGAUCACCUUGUUGUUCUAGAAUGACAUGGUAACUUUGGAUGCUGCCAUUAUCAGCUUGUGGUCUUAAAACAUUCAGUCUUACUGAGUCUUGGCCUGACUUCUGGACAAGGUUUCUUAUUAUGGCAAAAAACAGUUAUAUUUGUACCGGCCAAAAAAACAAACAAUUGCAGGUAACAUUUUUUUUUAAAGCUCCAUGGCUUUUCUUUUGAGUGAACAAAAUUUCAAACUCAGCACUUUCAGAAAAAGAGGGACUGUUAGAAUAGAGCAUGUACUAGCUAAACUCAAACAAAUAGUGAUAUUUUCAGUCCAAGGAAGAAUAAAAAGGAAAUGUUAAACUUGCCUAACUCAGACAACACUGAUUUGACAAACUUGAAGUUUUUUUUUUUUUGAGACUGCUGUACUAAUUACAUAUAUUGUAAGCCAGUUGUAUUAUAAUAGUAUAUAUUGUAGUAUACUUAGAUCUGUACAUAAACUCAAGUUAUUCAGUAAAAUGUUUAGUUAACUUUUUUUCUUGUUUGCUAAUAAAAUAUUGAAGAUA